AUGGCUUUGACUUCGCUUAUAUUGGCCGGCCACCCUCAACUCACCUAAUGUCUAAUAACCUACUUUAAAUUAAUACUCUGAUUCUCAUUUCCUUACAUUAAAAAAAGUGAGUGAUAUAUUAUAAAUAUAUUUUUUUACAAAUAUUUGUCACAAACGGAUCCCAAGUUCGAGAAGAAUGAAAAAAAGGUGGGAAAUCAAAACCAGUUAGGGGGGAACACACACCCAUUUUGAAGAGCUCUUUUUUUCAGUGACGGAGUUGGCUUCAUAUGAACUACUCUUUCUCUCUCUAGAAUAGUAUUUAAUAUUUAUCCUACCAACUAUGCAAUUUCACUCUUAUUUUGUCCUCUGGUGAAUUAAUCUAGAGGUGGGUGUUUCCUCAUUCAUGGAAAAGAAACUUCACGAGAUUUCCAUGGACAUUGCAAUACCCUUUACUCCGAUCCAAACUUGAAAAUGAGUCAACUCGGUAUGAUAUUACAGGAAUCGCUGAGUCGAGAGAGGGAAGCGAGAACGAUUCUGUGUUUUCUGAGAGAACAAAUGGACGUAGUGGAUGGAGGUAGAGGUAGGAGGAGGAGUCUGAAAGAACGGUUUGGAUUGAAAGGAAUGGGUUGCUGUGGGGCCACGUGGGGUUUCAGGCCAACAGUGAUAAGCGUUAGAGAUAACAAUGACGAAGAAAACGAAAACGACAUCGAAGAAGGAGAAAAUCAAGAACGACAAGCUCUGGAAACCAUAAUAAACAACGGGACUCGGCAGAAUCAGCCGGAGAACAACACGGAUCCGGAUUGCUCCGAUCCGGAUCCGGGUCAUUCGGCGCCGAGCAUGAACCUUGCAGCGGCUCUGGCCGCCGAAAGACAAUUCCGGCAAACAAACGAAGCCCCCGCGAGGGAUGGAGCUGGGAACGAGGCGGCGACAAGAACGGCGGGGAGUACGGGUCCGGGAACGCCUAUGAGGGUAUCGCUGAUGAGAUUACUGGAGGAAACGGAUGGUCGUGAUGCGACGGAGAUGAAUGUAGGAGGCGGAGGAGGAGUGGGGAAUGAUUCGGUGUGCUGCGUGUGCAUGGGAAGGAAGAAAGGCGCGGCUUUCAUCCCAUGUGGGCAUACCUUUUGCAGGGUGUGUUCAAGAGAGAUGUGGUUGAAUCGAGGUGCCUGUCCCCUCUGUAAUCGUCCCAUCCUCGAGAUUCUCGACAUAUUCUAAGACCAUCACCAUCACCAUCACCAUCAUCAUCUCUUCGCUUGAUCUGUGCUCGACUUUUGUGCUUUUGGGUCGAAUUAUAAGAAUUUUCACGUAACAGAAAAAACCACAUUCCAUUUUUAUUUUUGUAAUGUAAAAAAAUAUCGUUUCUAUGAUUUUAGUGUACAAUUGCUACAUCAAAUGAAAAUUCUCAUUAUUGUUUUU